AUGGCUAUCCGCUGUCCCCUUCCUGUUUACCACACUCAUUUGAAGCAUUUCUCAUAACCUACUUUGACGCUAACAGUCAAAUAGUCUUCAACAGGAAGAAGUGAUAAAAAGACCUUGAGAUGGAGAAUGAAGAGGGUUACACAGAACUUCAUUUCAAAGGAAGGAAGAAAAGCUCCAAUGCAGAACUUCCCUCUAAUUCUUCAGGCUUGCGGUAUCUUGCUGCUUUCUCAGGAUUUCUGAAUGUUGUAUUUCUGGGAGCUGUGAUCACAUUAAUUCAGCAAUGUGACUUGCUAUCAAGUAACAUGUGGAAGCCCGGAGAAAAUCUUUCUGAAAACAACAGUACCUUUGAGGAAGAUCUUCAUGAAAACAGCUUACUGACUACAUUAAAGGAGAGCUUAUGCAUGCAUACAAAUGACUCCAGAUGUGAACUCUGCCCCAUUGGCUGGAAGCUGCAUUGCGGGAGAUGUUAUUUCUACUCAGAAACUCGUGACACCUGGGAAAAUAGUAGAAAGUAUUGCUCAGGAAAAAAAUCUGAGCUCCUGGUUAUAGAGGAUGAGACCGAAAUGGAUUUCUUAAACAAAAUGAAGGAUAAAGACAUUGGCUUUGUUUGGACUGGAUUAAGCUUUGAUGAGAGGGAAGGAAGAUGGGUAUGGCUCAAUGAUCCCAAACAUCCAGGGCACAGUUUUACAAUAAAAGGAAGGAAGAAAGAAGAAAAAUGUGCUGUCUAUAAGUUGACAGAAAUGCAUGCUGAUAACUGUCACUCCCUGUACAAGUGGAUUUGCAAGAAGAGUGCAGUCCUUCUGGGUAUCUAAGAAAUUGUAAAGUGAAAGUGAAUAGCAUCUUUGAAGGGUCUUUGAAGGUUUACACCACUUUACAAUGGGUAGGAUAUCUGAUGUAAAAUGAAGGGGAAAUUGUUGACCUGAAUUGUGAUGAAUCAAUGCAUUGUGAUUCAGGGUUGUGUCUCUCUCCUUUUCAGGAUGAAGGUAUAAAAUCUGUCUGUCUUUGUGCACACUGAUUGCCCCUUACAGCUAUUAAAAUAAGCAGCUUACUAAUUUUAAGUAACUUAUAGUGUCUGAGAGUUGUGUAAACCACAGGUAAAAUGAAGGCUUUUUUUACCAGCCUGGCAACUAGAUCAUACAGCAGACAAAAAGUUGCUGCUGCUACUUCCUUCAGGUGAAGAGGUGAUAAUCAGUGCUAUGCACUUAAACGAGACUGCAGAUCUCACCACUGGAGGUCCAAUAUGGGAAGACAGCAUAGCUGUACACAACAGAAAGUCGAGGUCUAGUAUUUUUUAAAAAAAGUUUAAUUUCAUGUAUGUCAUUCAGUGUUACAGAACCUGGUACUUAAAAAAACCCCACCCAUAAAUACUUCUUCAAUUCGGACAUGAGAUUUAGUUGCCUGAUAUGAUGUCUUUGCUCUAUUAGCAUGCUAGAAAUGGCAAAAUCAUAUUUAUGGGGCUAGAGGGCUAUAAUCCUUCCUUUUGUUAGUCCAUUUCACAGACACUUUUUGCAAUUCGAAAAUGGAUGUUGCAAUCCUUCUACAUCUCAAGGCUACUGAUCAGGAUGAGGCAGCAGAUCUCAGAGACAUUUGCUCUUUUCUGUCUGAUCUUACCUUGAGAUAACUUGUACAGGUCUGAGAGAAAUCUGUAGUUCUUCAUUGUUAUGUAUAUCCAUAACAUACUUAACAUUUGAUUUUUAUAGCUAAGAAAAAUCAGUAUAAUGAUUGAAAUGAUGACUCUAGGAUGUAAAGCCAAGUUCCAAACUCUUCUAGGUGAGGAAGAUCACUCCGAGAGACACUUCCACUGCAUUUUGGACUGUGGUAGUAAUGUAGUUUAUCUGGUGAUUUUCUCAGUGUACAGUACCCUCUCUCUUUAUGGCUUCUAUACCACGUCAGACUUCAGGUGUAAGAGUGGGGUGUUAGAGCAUUUCUGGCAAUUGGUUGAAAAUUGUUGAAAAUUGCUUGGCAAUUCCAGAAGACAUUGAGCCUAACAUAGCAUACAAUUGCAAUGAUUCCUGCGAGAUGAGUGUUGCUUCUAUAGGUAUGAUGUAAUUAAAACCACAUCCUUCAGCAGACGUUACUUUACUUAUGCAUCUAUUAUCAGAUAAAUUAUACACAAUGAGAUAAUUUGCAAUAAUUUGUAGGCACUUGAUGAACACACAAUUGCAAUGGUGUUAUACAUUUCUAAGAUUAUCUGGCUAGCUCCUUGAUAACAAAAAGUCUUUUUCAUAAAAUCGGUGCAUGGUUGUAUGUCAUACUUGUGUGUAGUUUUUUAUAUCUCUGUAAGUGAGGAAAUUCUGGUUUCCACCAUGAUCUGUUUUCUACCUAGCCCAGAAGCAUCCACUUUUACAUAGCUGUUUUAUAUCUCUGGCAUCAUAUAUAACACUACACAAACAUGCAGUCUUCUCAGUCCCAAUGUUGCAAAUGUACAUGUAAUAGCAUACAUUCUUCUAAAAUAAAAUUUACCAUUGUAAUUA